AUGUCAGACUCCCUCCCCAUCUUCAACGAAACAUCUGCCUACUCCCUCGCCUUUGUCGCGUUUAUUGGCGUCGUCGCCGUUACCGCAUCACGCACGCUGCUUCCGAAGACCGCGAGCUGGCAGGACAAGUUCACGUUCAUCUGGCUGGCCUUCGAUGCAGGAAUACAUUUUGUCUUCGAGGGCUCAUUCCUCUACUACUCCCUGUUCGGACGGCAGGUAAACACGAGUUCGGGGCCGCUGGCCCAGAUGUGGAAAGACUACGCUCGUGCUGAUGCGCGCUGGGGCUUCGCCGACCCCACUAUCGUCUCUAUGGAGAUCCUCACCGUCCUUGGUGCCGGCACGACCAGCCUGUACGUCCUGAAAAAGCUAAUCCAGGACGAUCCUGCCAGGCACUACUGGAUCGUGGUGCUCAGCACCGCUGAGCUGUAUGGAGGGUGGAUGACCUUUGCACCCGAAUGGGUCUCAGGUAGCCAGUACCUCACCACGUCCAAUGCGUUCCACCUCUGGGUGUACCUCGUCUUUAUGAACGUAAUCCCCUCAUGCUACUUUUCCUUUGGUUCCCCCUCCCAACAGCCCGCUGUCACGCCAGCCAUGUCCCAGUUCACUGCGACCUCCGCCUACGCGCUCACCUCCAUCAGCGCCGUCGGCGUCGCGGCCAUCGUCGCAACACGCAGACUGCUCCCGAAGACGGCGAGCGUAAAGGACAAAUUCACGUUCAUAUGGCUGGCAUUCGACGUCGGCAUCCACGCCGCGUUCGACUCCGCGUUUCUCUACUUCUCGCUCUUCGGCCGGCAGGUGAACACGAGCGCGGGACCGCUUGCCCAGCUGUGGAAGGACUACGCCCGCGCCGACGCGCGCUGGGGCGUCGCGGACCCGACCAUCGUCUCGAUGGAGCUGAUCACCGUCAUCGGCACCGGCGCGACGAUCCUGUAUAUCAUGCAGAAGCUCGUCCAGGAUGACCCCGCACGGCACUACUGGAUCAUCGUGCUCUGCACCGCGGAGCUGUAUGGAGGGUGGAUGACCUUCGCGCCCGAGUGGCUCUCAGGCAGCCAGAACCUCAACACCGGGGACGCGUUCUACCUUUGGGUGUACCUCUUCUUCCUUAACACGAUAUGGGUCUUCGUCCCGAUCUGGCUAAUGUUCGAUUCGUAUCGUUACAUCGCGCGUUCGCUGCGCGUGCUGCAGAAGGCGGAACGCGCCAAGAAAGCAUGA